CCCACAAUGCAUUGCAAUUUGGUCAGUAACAUUUUAUGCUAGCCAGCUAACAAGCUAGCACACAUAACUUUUACUUCUUUCAUUCUACAUUAUUGCUCUUCAGUUGCUCGUGAAUAAGAUUUUAAAAAAUAUAUACUGGUGUGUCCUGACACCUGCACUCGAUUUAAAAAUAUUUACUUCCGUGUCCAAGGCAAUGUGUUUGGUAUUUGGUAGCUUAUCAGAGUUAGCUUAGUUUGCUAACGUUACCAAGCAGACGGGAAGGCUCCCUGUCUAUUCUUCCGGACUUUAGUGAAGUUAGCUAGCUAUCUGUGGUUUAGUGAAAUGUCAUCGACGUAGACUGAACCCUCGUUUCUUUGGUGGUGUUGUUUCUGUUAACUUGGUAAAAAAAAUACAUGGCAUCUAAAGUGCAGAGGAUCAGGUCCAGCAGUGGACUGCUCUUUUAACUGUGGCUUUCCAAUCAAGAUCCAGCCAGCGAGGCACUACCACUACUAUGGACCAAGAGUAUCAGCGUCGCCUGCUUCGGCAGAUCAACAUUCAGAACGAAAACACCAGCCCCAUUAAGGUGACCGAGGUGAUGCGAAACCUGACGCCCAACAACUCCCCGAUGUCCUCUCCCAGCAAGCAUGGUGACAGGUUCAUCCCAUCCCGUGCAGGGGCCAACUGGAACAUCAACUUCCACAGAAUCAAUGAGAAUGAGAAAUCACCAAGUCCGAAUAGAAAAACAAAGGAUGUGACAUCUGAUAGCAGCAAAGCAGAUGGGCUGGCCUACUCGGCUUUGCUGAAAAAUGAGCUGCUCGGAGCAGGCAUUGACAAAGUUCAGGACCCCCAGACAGAGGACAGACGGUUGCAGCCAUCCACGCCGGAAAAGAGGAGUCUCUUCAGUUACUCACUCAGUGCUAGGAGCACAACAGAUGAGGACAAUGGCAUCUCUCCCUACUCAUUGUCACCUGUCAGUAGCAAAAGUCAGAAGUUGCUACGGUCACCCAGGAAGCAGACUCGUAAAAUCUCAAAGAUCCCAUUCAAGGUCUUGGAUGCUCCAGAACUACAGGAUGACUUCUACCUCAACCUUGUGGACUGGUCUGCUUUAAAUGUGCUGAGUGUUGGCUUAGGCACAUGCGUCUAUCUCUGGAGUGCCUGCACCAGCCAGGUAACUCGUCUGUGUGACUUAUCAGUGGAGGGAAAUUCUGUUACGUCCGUGGGCUGGUCAGAGAGAGGCAAUCAUGUUGCGGUGGGGACUCACAAAGGCUACGUACAGAUCUGGGAUGCAGCAGCUGGCAAAAAGCUCUUUACACUAGAGGGUCACACUGCUAGAGUUGGUGCACUGGCAUGGAACGCAGACCAGUUGUCAUCAGGUAGUCGAGACCGUAUGAUCCUGCAGAGGGACAUUCGCACACCACCUCUCCAGUCUGACCGUCAGUUGCAGGGUCACCGGCAGGAAGUAUGUGGUCUGAAGUGGAGUACAGACCACCAGCUGCUUGCCUCUGGGGGCAACGACAAUAAGCUGCUUGUGUGGAACCACUCUAGUACGGCACCAAUGCAGCAGUACACGGAUCACCUAGCUGCAGUCAAAGCCAUCGCCUGGUCCCCCCACCAGCACGGGCUGCUGGCGUCUGGGGGAGGAACGGCUGACCGCUGCAUUCGCUUCUGGAACACGCUCACCGCACAGCCACUGCAGUGCAUGGACACAGGCUCGCAGGUCUGCAACCUGGCAUGGUCGAAACAUGCCAAUGAACUGGUCAGCACACAUGGUUACUCUCAGAAUCAGAUCCUGGUGUGGAAAUAUCCUGCACUCAGUCAAGUAGCCAAGCUUACCGGACACUCGUACAGGGUACUCUACCUGGCAAUGUCUCCUGAUGGUGAGGCCAUUGUCACAGGGGCUGGUGAUGAAACACUACGCUUCUGGAAUCUCUUUAGUAAAACACGGUCAACAAAGGAAUCGGUGUCCGUUUUAAACCUCUUUACCAGGAUAAGAUAACAGCAACGCAAGAAUAGACUUGAUGGAGUGCCUUGAAUUCAUUACAACAUUCAUCAACACAAUGCAAAAGAAUGACCUAACAUGGACAUGACAUAUUGUCAUGGAGGAGGAAAGAACUGUUUUACUUUUCCCAGAAACAGAAAAUAAUUUGUCCUCAAUGUUUUUAUUAGAUUUAUUUCUAUUCAUGUACACUUCAAUAUACAGUUAUGCUUUUUCUAUGUUGAUUUUUGUAUUCCAUGUCUAUGUUGAAAGUAUGUGUUAAAGGAGCCUUAAAGUACAAUGUAGAGAAAUGGAUCUACAAUUUUAGUUGUUUAUUUUUUUUGCCAUUUGAAAUUCUAUAUUUGAAUGUUAUAUAGACUGGGGCAAAUUGUAUAAUAUAAUGGGACAAUCAUGGCAAUCCAUGGCAGUUGUUUUAAGAAAAACAAUUAAUUUUGGAAUUAAAAAAAUAGCCACUAAAUGUGUCAAAGCACUACAUUGAAUAUAGUAGGGUGGAGUGAACAAAACUGAGUAAAAUGUGAUGUUAAAUUUCUGGAACUCAAGAACAAGAUAACAAGAGUAUUGCAAAAGAAAUGUCUGGUGUUUUCUUAGACUUUACUGAGUUAUAGUUCAUAUAAGGAAAUUAGCUUAAUAAUAAUAAAUUAGACCCUAAUGAAUAGAUUUCACAUGACUGGGAAUAAAGAAAUGCAUCUCUUA